AGAAUAUAUAAAUUGACAUUUUGCGAUAUGAUAAGAUGUUUUUGGACAGCCUCGUCGUGCGGACUGGUCUUGGUUCUAUCUCUUGCACAAAUCUUACGUGUCAAAAGACGGUUGGCUUACGCAGUAGCUGGUCAAGCUCACUUAGAUCAGCAUAGACGAUUUCUAAUGUUUUUUUAAUUACGGUUUAAUACUCCUAAUUAAUCCGCUAUUAAUCAAUGAACAAAGUUCCCACCAAACGGUGAAACGGAUAUCCCUAGAUGCCUAAAUUACAAGAUUAGCCUUGCAGUCAUGAGCUCUAACGAUGUGUGCCACGUGGA